AACCACAGCCAUUCCUCUAACAUCAUCUGAAUCGUCACAACUCACAACCCUCACUCUUUCCCUCCUCCUUUGCAACUCGCACUCCCACUGUUGCCUCAGCUAAUAACUAAGUGCUUGUGCUCGUGCUUAUCUUUGGAUUACUGAAGAUGUCAACUUGUAUGAGCAAGAAAAUCCAAGGCCAAAGCCUUUCUAUAGAAGAAGAGAACAUGCUGGUGGUGCAGAAGCAGGGAAUCGUGACCAUUUUGGGCUCUAACCACGAUGCUCCGACAACUUCUCUUCGACGCACUUUAUCCGCAGACAUGUCUUCCAAGACAUGGCUUUCUCAAAACGGCUUCUCUCUCAUGAAAAAAACCUCUUCCUCUGAAGAACUCUCUUACUCAUCACUCACAAAAUCCACUAUUUCUGACUCAUCCUCGUCUGAUGAAGAUAACAGCGAAGAAGCGAAACAAGACCAGUUCCAAAUUUGGAACACAAUUCAAAAGGAGCAGCAGCAUGAGGACAACAAACCAGGACAGGUUGAUGUGUGGAGUUCAAUUUUGGUCCAAAAAGCCAACGAGGAAACCUUAAAACUAAGCACAACUCCUUAUGUUCACCCACUUGUGAGAAGGUCAAAGAGUUGUUUGAGUGAAAAAAGUUUAGAGAUUUGCACGGAGAGUCUUGGAUCCGAAACUGGCUCAGAUGGGUUCUCUUCUUACUCACCCUCUGAGACAGAAGAAAAAGAAGAAGAAAAAGAGGAAGAGAGUAUGCAAAUUACACACGAGGAGGAUUUUCAAGUGCCAAAACAAAACUAUGCUGAGAAAAAGUCCUUGCCUCGUUCUUUCCCUCCUCCACUUCCUUCACUCCACAUGCGUUCACACCGUGACAAUGGAAGGUUGUUCCUACAAGCUGUGUCUGUUCCUUCACAGAACAACUUUUGUGCUCAACGAGAAAACGGUCGACUUGUCCUCACUUUUGCUGACGUGGAGGUAGCUGAAGAAGAAGAAGAAGAGUUUGAUGAGGCAGAGGAAUUUGAGAGUGUGAUAGAGGAAGCAAAAACACCCAUGUUAACGUUGUUAUCUAGUGGGUUUGGGUUAGCAUUAAUGAUGAAUAAGCCAAUUGGGUUAUUAGGUACUGAUGCUAACGUUAAGAGUCCAAAAUGGUCAGAGAAGUUCAACGAUGUGGUCAAUUUUAAGGAUGUUGAUACGGUACAACAUAGUCAUCCACUGCCACCGAGGCCAAGGCAGCAUGGUAGUAUUCAUAAAAAGGCUUUCAAUGCUUAUGAAUACUAUUGGAGGACCAAGCCUACGACAAAAGUUGCUCCUGCUUCUAACACGUUUACCUUUCAACACAACAACAAUUACUCUUCCUUGGAGAACAAUUUGAAGAGUUGCAAGGAUUCUAGGAGGUCUUUUCUGAUCUGGGAACCGUAUUGCAUUGCCACCUGAUCCGAGUCUCAAAUUUGGUCACAUUGCUAAUUAAAAACUUUUUACUUAACUCAAAUGCUUCUAUCACUGUGGCAUUUUCUCCCUACCCAGUUCCACUCAUUCAGGGAGCUGUAGUCGAACUCAAAUAAUAAAAAAAUGGAGAGGGUGAAAAGGGAUAGUGAGAGAGAAUACUUUAUUUGUAAUUGCAAUAGUAAGAUUAGAAAAUGAGACAAAUUACUUGGACAGUGUCAUAUAUAUUAUAUUUAAAUCUGUUUAUGCUAUUAAAAAUUGCAUAAUCAAAGUUUUUCUUUCCCCUGGUUGA